AUGCAAACCGUGGGCAAGGCCUUUUUUGAACUUCAUCUUGAAGAAAAGGAAGUAUAUAAAAACGAAGAAGCUGGGAGUUAUAUUGGCUAUGGAAGCAAACUAGGACAUUCCCCAGAUGUCAAAUUGGAAUGGGGGGAUUAUUAUUACAACGUCACUUGGCCUCCUGACAGGAGAAAUAUGUCCAAAUGGCUCAAACAGCUAUCUGAUUUCACGGAAGUUAUGGAUGAAUAUUCGAGAGAGAUAUACAAAUUGUGGGAAGUGCUGAUGCAGGCGCUGAGCAGAGGGUUGGGAUUGGAGGAUGAAAAUCCACUGAACGAGGCAGUUGGUGGAGACGAGAAAGAAAUGUGCAUCAGGAUUAAUAAUUAUCCAGCAUGUCCUCAACCGGAUUUGGUACUCGGAUUGUCUCCUCACUCCGAUCCCAACAUUCUUACAUUUCUUCUCCACGAUGAAACCCCAGGCCUGCAGAUUCGGAAAGAUGGAAAGUGGGUUGAUGUUCAAAGUGUUCCAGGCGCCCUCAUCGUUAAUAUUGCUGAUGCACUAGAGAUAGUAAGCAAUGGAAGAUACAAAAGUGUUGAGCACAGGAGUAUAGUGAACAAGGAGAGAGCAAGGAUUUCAUGGGCUAUGUUUUGCAAUCCACAUGAUGAAGUGAUUCUGUCACCUCUUCCAUCAUUGAUUGAUGAAGAGCAUCAUGUUGUGUACCAAGGUUCAUCUUGGAAAGAGUAUCUGCAAAGGUUUUUCAUCAAAGGACUGGAUUGA